GCUCACUGUCUUCAAGUUUGGGGAGCCCCGGGCAGCGGGUGCAGGCCGCGGGACCCGAAGGUCCUCAGGUGGCCCCCUGCAGGCUGGCCGUGCGCGCCGUGGGGCGCUUGUUGUGGGCGCCGAGGGCUGCAGGGCGCGGACCAGACUCAGGGUGUUGAACUGCAGCUGGGGGGGGGGUCGGGCGGCAGCUAACAGGUGACCCCCUUCUUUCUGUUCCUCGCCCUUCACCUCUGAUGGUCCUCCCUCACCGCAUCUCCUUCCUCCUCGCCGUCCUCCGGCUCUCAGGCCAUGGCAGCGCCGGGCAGCAGGUCGGAGCCUCCGCAGCUCCCGGAGUACCGCUGCAGCUACGUGGUGUCGCGGCCGGUCUACAGCGAGCUCGCUUUCCAGCAACAGCACGAGCGGCGCCUGCAGGAGCGCAAGACGCUGCGGGAGAGCCUGGCCAAGUGCUGCAGUUGUUCAAGAAAGAGAGCCUUUGGUGUGCUAAAGACUCUUCUGCCCAUCUUGGAAUGGCUCCCCAAAUACCGAGUCAAGGAAUGGCUGCUAAGUGACAUUAUUUCUGGAGUUAGUACUGGGCUAGUGGGCACCCUGCAAGGAAUGGCAUAUGCCCUACUAGCUGCAGUUCCUGUGGGAUAUGGUCUCUACUCGGCUUUUUUCCCUAUCCUGACAUACUUUAUCUUUGGAACAUCAAGGCAUAUCUCAGUUGGACCUUUUCCAGUGGUGAGCUUAAUGGUGGGAUCUGUUGUUCUGAGCAUGGCCCCAGAUGAACACUUUCUCAUAUCCAGCAGCAAUGGAACUGUAUUAAAUACUACCGUGAUAGACAUUGCAGCUAGAGAUACAGCAAGAGUGCUGAUUGCCAGCACCCUGACUCUACUGGUUGGAAUCAUACAGUUGAUAUUUGGAGGUUUGCAGAUUGGAUUCAUAGUGAGGUACUUGGCAGAUCCUUUGGUUGGGGGCUUCACAACAGCUGCUGCCUUCCAAGUGCUGGUCUCACAGCUAAAGAUUGUCCUUAAUGUCUCAACCAAAAACUAUAAUGGAGUUCUCUCUAUUAUCUACACGCUGGUUGAGAUUUUUCAAAAUAUCGGUGAUACCAAUCUUGCUGAUUUCAUUGCUGGAUUACUCACCAUUGUCAUCUGCAUGGCGGUUAAGGAAUUAAAUGAUCGAUUUAGACACAAAAUACCAGUCCCUAUUCCUAUAGAAGUCAUUGUGACGAUAGUUGCUACUGCCAUUUCAUAUGCAGCCAACCUGGAAAAAAAUUAUAAUGCUGGCAUUGUUAAAUCCAUCCCAAGGGGGUUUUUGCCACCUGCACUUCCACCUGUGAGCUUGUUCUCGGAGAUGCUGGCUGCAUCGUUUUCCAUUGCCGUGGUGGCUUAUGCUAUUGCAGUGUCAGUAGGAAAAGUAUAUGCCACCAAGUAUGAUUACGCCAUCGAUGGGAACCAGGAAUUCAUUGCCUUUGGGAUCAGCAACAUCUUCUCAGGAUUCUUCUCUUGUUUUGUGGCCACCACUGCUCUGUCUCGCACGGCAGUCCAGGAGAGCACUGGAGGAAAGACACAGGUUGCUGGCAUCAUCUCUGCUGGGAUUGUGAUGAUCGCCAUUGUUGCCCUGGGGAAGCUUCUGGAACCCUUGCAGAAGUCGGUCUUGGCAGCUGUUGUAAUUGCCAACCUGAAAGGGAUGUUUAUGCAGGUGUGUGACGUUCCUCGUCUGUGGAGGCAGAAUAAGAUUGAUGCUGUUAUCUGGGUGUUUACAUGUAUAGUGUCCAUCAUCCUGGGGCUGGAUCUUGGUUUACUAGCUGGCCUUAUAUUUGGACUAUUGACUGUGGUCCUGAGAGUUCAGUUUCCUUCUUGGAAUGGCCUUGGAAGCAUCCCUAGCACAGAUAUCUACAAAAGUACCAAGAAUUACAAAAACAUUGAAGAACCUCAAGGAGUGAAGAUUCUUAGAUUUUCUAGUCCUAUUUUCUAUGGCAAUGUCGAUGGUUUUAAAAAAUGUAUCAAGUCCACGGUUGGAUUUGAUGCCAUUAGAGUAUAUAAUAAGAGGCUGAAAGCACUGAGGAAAAUACAGAAACUCAUAAAAAAUGGACAAUUAAGAGCAACAAAGAAUGGCAUUGUAAGUGAUGCUGGUUCAACAAAUAAUGCUUUUGAGCCUGAUGAAGAUGUUGAAGAUCCGGAGGAACUUGAUAUCCCAACCAAGGAAAUAGAGAUUCAAGUGGAUUGGAACUCUGAGCUUCCAGUCAAAGUGAACGUUCCCAAAGUGCCAAUCCAUAGCCUCGUGCUUGAUUGUGGAGCUAUAUCUUUCCUGGACAUUGUUGGAGUGAAGUCACUGCGGGUGAUUGUCAAAGAAUUCCAAAGAAUUGAUGUGAAUGUGUACUUUGCAUCACUUCAAGAUCAUGUAAUAGAAAAGCUGGAGCAAUGCGGGUUCUUUGAUGACAACAUUAGGAAGGACACGUUCUUUUUGACGGUCCACGAUGCUAUACUCUAUCUACAGUACCAGGUGAAAUCUCAAGGGAGUCAAGAUUCCAUUUUAGAAGCGAUCACUCUUAUUCAAGACUGUAAAGAUCCCCUUGAAUUAAUAGAAGCAGAGCUGACUGAAGAAGAGCUUGAUGUCCAGGAUGAGGCUAUGCGUACACUUGCAACCUGAAAGCAGGCUCAGGAGGUCUAUGAGCAAGGACUGCAAGACAAAACGUACCCACUAAUGUCCUUCUAUGCAAACGUUUUCUGUAUUGACUAUUUCUUCAGACUUGAAACACUCAUUCUUUUUUCUAUUACAUUUUUAUAAAUCUUUCAUUUGUUUUAACCCCUUAGACAUUGAAAGAGAAGCACUAAAACUGUUUCUAAGCUCUAUUUGUAAAAUAAACAUCUUACCCCUAACAUGUACAAAAUGUUGAGAAUUGCACAGAUGAUUUGGCAGCGUUCAGGAUAAGCUGGUGUUAUGAUAUGCUGCUGAUCAGCAUCACAGUAUUGCUGAUAAUGUUCACGUGGGUACUGGCAUAUCUCUGUUCAGUUAGAGUGAGUGUUGACCCAACAGCCUCUGUGGUCAGGAGUCAGGUAAGUCAGGAAUAAUUAAUCAUAAAGAAAAAUCAGUUUUUGACUGACUUGGAUAUCCAUGAGUUCCACUGAUCACCACGUAAGUUCACAUUUAGUAAAUGCUGAAAUAAAAUUAUUAAUGCAUUUAUCAAUAAAAGUCUUUGAAAAUUACUUGGGAUAGUAAGUCAGAGUUUUAAAAAUGCAAAUUUACUUGGUACCUAAUAAUGAAGUGUUAUUACAUAUAACCAGAAUUUAGGAUCUCUUUGAUCCUGGAAAUGGUUUACUUAAAAGCUACAGAACCAGGCCAAUAUAUUUUAGAAACAUUGAUACAAAUGAAUGAAAUAAUAAAGAAAUGUUCAUGUUUACAAAAAUCAUUUUUUUGAUAUGAUAAUCAUGGAUCACAACUGAGAUUAAAAAAUCACAGAUUAUUUUGUUUAAAAGUGCAGUUUUAAUUAUCUUAGUCUAUAGAAAUGACCAUUGCAUGGAUGGUAAGGUCUAUUUAAAAUCUGACAUAAAAACAGUGCUAUUUUGAAUAAAAAUUUUUUUGAUGUGUUUAUAUAACCAUGGUGAUUAAAAUAAAUUUAUAUUUUUUCUCAAAAAUUUUAGCAGUAGGUAAAGUAAAUAAUCUUUAAACUCUGACCACUUU